CAAUUUUUCCAACAACUUUAAAUUUAUGCUUGUUAAUAAUAACCUUUUGCCGUACUUCUUUUGAAAAACAAAUAAUCCGCAGUUCAUUCAGGUUCACAGCCUGUUACGCAUUCGUGUUACAUCCGAACAUGAAGUUCGGUCGGCUAUAGAAUUGCUUGAAAAACGAAGAACAGAAGCCAUUUCAAGACAAGCAACGCCAAAUCCAGAAACUUUGAAAUCGACACCCUUGACAGCGCAUCGCUUGCAAAGUUCUGGAGCCUCUAUACCUUCAUCACGACUUCAAGCUCGAGCGUCAGCAGCUGCAGCAGGUGGAUCAUUGAUCCGUUCUGUUCAUACUCGCUCAAUGACUGCGCGACUGGCGAGUAAACGCUCGUUUCCCCGUCCACCGCAUGCACCACCGGCUGACAGUCCAGCACUGUCGAUCUUUUCGCCCAUUAUGAUCUCUGAUGACGUUAAUCAUGGUAUGGCUAUGAGUGUAGCUCUCACAAGCAUUCUUCGAAUAGGAUUCUUUGGUGUAUUUGAGAAGCAGUCACUUGGUGGUCACUCUGAAAUUGUAAAUACCGCGGUGUCACAGACAUCUGCACCCGCACAUCAGGGAAUCACACCAAGAAUCCAAGUCUUCGGUCGUGAACUUCAACGUCAGCCCGAUUUCGACCUUCUGCUUGCUGAAUUAUGUCUCGAUCAUGUUUGGACUGAACCUUCAAAAAGGGACCUGCGCGGUGAAAUUGCCAACAAAAUGUUUUUAUCCCGAAACGUGCUGUCACAAGACUUCUUAAACUUUUUGAUUGGUUCCCUGGACCAGCUUCGUUCCAUCCGCGUUGUUCACACUGUGAGCAAUAUUACCACCUCAGGAACGAUGUUUACGCUGUCGUGCCGUGAUGCUACGGCUUUAAGAGUCAGUUGCGUUGUUCAUUGCAUCUUACAAGUCUAUUAA